UCUUAUUGUGUGUGUUAGUGGUCAUUCCUGAAUAGGGUUCUUUGGGGGCUGUCUGAAUUAUUUUGUAUCAUUUAUAUGUUAAUUUAAUAAUAAUACUAAAGUCUAUACUUCAUUAAAUAUAUCAAAAAGCCUGCAUUCAAAACAGCUGAAUAUCAGUGGCACAGGGUGUAGAUAAAUAAUGUCACAGUAAUGUUUGUGCUCUGCCAAAUUACAGAAGUACAGAAUAGAACAAGCGAAGCAAAGAAAACACAAACAGAAGAAAUGUGUGGUUCCAGUGUUUUGCUUUUUCCUGUAAAGGUUUUAGCUUCAUUAUGGAUCAGCCUGAAGGUGUCGAUGGGGGAACCCUCCCCUCUAUAACCUCUCCAUGCAGGGGACAUGACUGGACCAAAGCUCAGAGCUCAGGGAAGCAGAGGAAGCGAGCGGCCUCCCCCGUCCCCAGCUGUGUGUCCAUGAAGAGCAGCGAGUCAAUGAAGCUCCCUCUUACUUUUAAAAGACAGUCUCCUGAGACAGAACCAGAUCAUCAGCAGCAGAGAGCCGAGUCUCCUGCCGAGCCCAACUUUGUGUCCAUGAGGAGCAACAUGUCAAUGGAGAUACCUCUUACUUUUCAAAUACACCCUCCUGAUACAGAACUACAAAAGAAGAAAGUUUGCAAUGGUCAGUGUGACCUGGAACAUCAAGAAGACCUGGACUCCUUAUUUAUGCGGCUCGAAAACGACAUUGUUAUUUUUAUGAAGAACGAGCUGAAGAGGAUGCAGAGGAUUUUAACACCGGGGUGUCCUGGUGACGGGGUGAUGAUGUGCGGGGAGGAGGAAGACGAGGAUAUGAGGAGCGGCAGAGAGGCAUGUCAGAUAAUCGCUCUGCUCUUCCUGAGGAGGAUGAAGCAGGAGGGGCUGGCUGAGUCGCUGCACAGAAAUUCUCCUGCCACGUGCCAGACUAAGCUCAAGUCCAGUUUAAAGCAGAAGUACCAGUGUUUGUUUGAGGGGAAUGAUAAAACGGAGAAGCCCACCCUUCUGAACGAGAUCUAUACAGAGCUCCACAUCACGGAGGGAGGCACCGGAGAGGUCAACGACGAGCACGAGGUCAGACAGAUUGAAACGGCCUCCAGGAAACACGCGAGACCCGAGACGACGAUCAGAUGUGAGGAGAUCUUCCAAACGUUGCCAGGAAAAGCUCAGGCGUGCCGGACGGUGAUGACCAAGGGAGUCGCCGGUAUCGGGAAAACCGUCCUGACACAGAAGUUCACUCUGGACUGGGCUGAAGGCAAAACCAAUCAGGACAUUCAGUUCAUGUUUCCCUUCACUUUCCGAGAGCUGAAUUUGCUGAAAGGUCAAAAGUACAGCUUGGUGAAACUGGUUCACCGUUUCUUUGGUGAGACUAAAGACGCCGGAGUCUGCAGCUUUGACAGAUCCCAGGUCGUGUUCAUUUUCGACGGACUGGACGAGUGUCGAUUGCCGCUGGAUUUUGCCAGUGCCGAGAUCCUGACUGAUGUCACAGAGUCCACCUCAGUGGACGUCUUGCUGACAAACCUCAUCAGGGGGGAGCUGCUUCCUUCCGCUCGUCUCUGGAUAACCACGCGACCGGCCGCGGCCAAUCAGAUCCCUCCCGAUUGCGUUGACAUGGUGACAGAGGUGAGAGGGUUCACGGACCCACAGAAGGAGGAAUACUUCAGGAGGAGAUUCAGGGAUGAGGAGCAGGCCAGCGCGACCAUCUCCCACAUCAAGACGUCACGGAGCCUCCACAUCAUGUGCCACAUCCCCGUCUUCUGCUGGAUCACCGCUACCGUCCUGGAGGACGUGCUGAGGACCAGCGAGGGCAAAGAGCUGCCCAAGACCUUGACGCAGAUGUACAUCCACUUCCUGGUGGUCCCAGCCAAGCUGUGGAGCGUCAAGUAUGGCGUAGGAGCCGGUGAAGAGCCCCACUGGAAUCCAGGGAGCAGGGAGAUGGUUUUGACUCUGGGGAAACUGGCUUUUGAGCAGCUACAGAAAGGAAACCUGAUUUUCUACGAAUCAGAUUUGAAGGAGAGCGGCAUCGACAUCACAGCGGCUUCCGUGUACUCAGGCUUGUUCACGCAGAUCUUCAAAGAGGAGAGGGGGCUUUCUGAGGACACGGUGUACUGUUUUGUCCAUCUGAGCAUUCAGGAGUUUCUCGCCGCCCUUUACGUCUUCCUCACUUUCAUUAAUUCUGGCGUCAAUCCGCUGGCUCAAAUCAAAACCUGGUGGUCUAAGUUGUUAAAGGACAAAUCCAAGCUGUCAUAUCUCUUCCAAAUGGCCGUAGACGAGGCCUUACGGAGUCCAAAUGGCCACCUGGAUUUGUUCCUCCGCUUCCUCCUGGGCCUUUCACAGCAGACAAAUCAGAUUCUCCUCGGGGGGCUGAUGACACAGACGGGUUACAGCCCGCGCUCCAAUCAGGAAACAGUUGAGUACAUUAAGAGCACGAUCAGGAGGAACCUCUGCCCAGAGAGGAGCAUCAACCUGUUCCACUGCCUGAACGAGCUGAACGACCGCUCCCUGGUGGAGGAGAUCCAGCAGUACGUGAAUUCAGGUGCCCUCGCCACCGCCGAGCUCUCUCCGGCUCAGUGGUCCGCUCUGGUCUUCAUCCUGCUGUCGUCAGCGGAGGAGAUCGACGUGUUCGACCUGAGGGAAUACUCCGCCUCGGAGGAGGGUCUCCUGAGGCUGCUGCCCGUGGUCAAAGCCUCCAACAAGUCUCUGCUGAGUGGCUGUAGCCUGUCGGAGAAAAGCGGCGAAGGUCUGGCGUCAGUUCUCAGCUCCAACUCCUCCAAUCUGAGGGAGCUCGAUCUGACCAACAACGACCUGAAGGACUCGGGGGUGAAGCUCCUCUCUGCCGGACUGGAGGAUCCACGGUGCCGGCUGAAAAAGCUGAGGUUGAACCAGAACAACCUCACUGAGAAUUGCUGUCAGGGGUUUUCAUCUGUCCUCAGCUCCUCAUCUCUCCGAGACCUUGACUUGAGCUACAACGACCUGCAGGACUCGGGAGUGAAGCUGCUUUCUGCCGCACUGCAGAACCCGCCUUGUGUACUGGAAACACUCAGGCUGAUUGGCUGUAAGCUGUCAGAGAGAAGCUGUGAGUCUCUGGUGUCAGGUCUCAGCUCCUGGACUCUGAGAGAGCUGGACCUGAGUAGCAAUGACCUGCAGGACUCAGGAGUGACGCUCUUGCUGCAGAGUCAGCUUCGUGGUCUGGAGACUCUGAGGUUGAUUCAAACUGGACUCACAGAAAAAUGCUGCCAGGAGUUCUCAUCAGUUUUCAGCUCAGAGUCGUCCAGUCUGAGGAGCCUGGACCUGAGUAACAACCACCUGCAGGAUUCAGGAGUGGAACUACUUUCUGUGGGACUGGCGAGUCCACACUGUGCAAUCCAAACUCUCAGAUUAAAUCAAACCAACCUCACGGAGCAAUGCUGCAGUCAUCUGUCCUCAGCCCUCAGCUCCCAGUCGUCCAGUCUGAAGGAGCUGGACGUCGGUAACAACCUCCUGCAGGACUCAGGAGUGGAGGCUCUGUCUGCAGGACUGCAGAGUCCACGCUGCUCGCUGACAGGUCUCAGGCUCAGUGGCUGUAGGUUGUCAGGGAGCAGCUGCGAAGCUCUGGCCUCGGUGCUCGGCUCCCGCUCUUCUAAUCUGAAAGAUCUGGACCUUCACAACAACCACCUGCAGGACGCAGGAGUUAAACUGUUGUCUGCUGGACUGAAGAAUCCAGGAUGUGCACUGGAAACUCUCAGGUUGAAUCAAACAAGUCUCACAGCAAAAUGCUGUCAGGACAUGUCCUCAGUUCUAAUCAGUCUGAGAGAUCUGGACCUCAGCAACAACGACCUGCAGGACGCAGGAGUCAAGGUGCUCUGUGCUGCACUGAGGAGGGAGCACUGCCGACUGGAAACGUUCAGGUUGUCUGGCUGCCUGAUCACAGAGGAAGGCUGCACUUCUUUGGCUUCGGCUCUGAGGUCCAACCCGUCCCAGCUGAGAGAGCUGGACCUGAGCCACAACCAUCUGGGAGAGUCGGGAGUGAAGCAGCUCUCUGCUGCACAGGAGGGUCGAGGGCGGAGGCUGGACACUCUCAGUGUGGAUCAUGGUGGUGUUCAGUGCUUGAAAUCCGGUCUGCUUAAGUGUAAGUGUAAUAUUGAAUCCAUAAAUGUGGCAUCCAUCAUACACAACCUGCAGAUUUGCUUCUACAUUUGUUAUUUGUCACCGUCAGAUGUCUGUGAGCUCACGUUGGACCCAAACACAGCACACAAAAACCUCCUCCUGGCUGAGAACAACAGGAAAGUGAUGCUGGCGAUCGAGAAGCAGCCGUAUCUCGAUCACCCGGACAGAUUCGACUGGUGCUACCAGCUGCUGUGCACGGCCGGACUGGCCGGUCGCUGCUACUGGGAGGUGGACUGGGAGGCGGGCGUUGACAUCGGAGUGACUUACAGAGGACUCAGGCGGAGAGGAGCCCGUGACGGCAGCAGGCUCGGGUGGAACGAGAAGUCGUGGAGUUUGGAGCUGACAGAUAAAGGUUCCUACGCCUGGCACAAUAACAUAAGGACGCAGCUUCUCGCUUAUAGCCCAGCGGGUUCGAACAGAGUCGGGGUGUUUCUGGACUGGCCCGCUGGAGCGUUGUCCUUCUACAGCGUCACAUCAGACUCACUCAUCCACCUGUACACGUUCUACUGCGAGUUCACUGAGCCGCUCAUCCCUGGAUUCGGCUUCUUGUCAUUGGAGUCAUCAGUGUCCUUGUGUUAGAAAAUGGAAUAAUUUCCCCAAAUAGCCUUAAUUUACCUUGAUAAGUCUUUAUAUAUAUUUAUAAUUAGAGUUUUUAAGAAGAGUUUAUUAAUCCUGUGUUAAAAUAUUAAUAAAACACAGCAAAGCUUUUUUUGUAGCAGCAGACAGUGAUCACAUUACCUUUAUAUAUGCACUUUUGUAUUGAUGGCUGUUUUUAUUGUCUUCAUUUUGUAUUUAUUGUUAAUAUUAUUGUUAUUGACUGGCCCUUGGGGACUUUAAAGCUUUUCUCACUUACUGAAGCCACUGAUUCUUUUGUCAAACACUGAGCUGCAAAGACAGAAAAAGCCGGGAUCACUAUAUAUUUAAAAGUAUU